AUGGGGAGCCCUGACUGGCCCCAGGGACUGCGGAUUCGCUCAGCCCCGGGCACGACCCUUGUCCUUGGCUCCUGUUUCUGGGUGGCUGUGCUCGACGGCAAUGUGGUGGGCAUCGUGGCCGCACGGGCCCACGAGGAGGACAACACCGUGGAGCUGCUCCGCAUGUCCGUGGACUCCCGCUUCCGAGGCAAGGGCAUCGCCAAGGCGCUGGGCCGGAAGGUGCUGGAGUUCGCCGUGGUGCACAACUACUCUGCCGUGGUGCUGGGCACCACCGCUGUGAAGGUGGCCGCCCACAAGCUGUAUGAGUCCCUGGGCUUCAGACACAUGGGCUCGAGUGACCACUACGUGCUGCCUGGCAUGACCCUCUCGCUGGCCGAGCGCCUUUUCUUCCAGGUUCGCUACCACCGCUACCGCCUGCAGCUACGCGAGGAGUGACCACCACCGCCCGCCCGCCCGCCCCCCUGUCCGCCCUGUCUGCCUGUGCCCGCCCGCCCGCCCGCCCGGCGAGGCCCUGCUUCAAGAUGCUC